AUGUUAAUUUCCAGGUGCAAACUUAUCAAAUAUCCUGAAGACCUACCUGACGUCAGUGUAAUCGUUACAUUCCAUAACGAGGCUUGGUCUGUGCUCCUACGAUCCGUCCACAGUAUUAUCAACAAAACUCCUAAGCAUCUGCUCAGAGAAGUGAUAUUAGCAGACGACUGCUCUGAUAUGCCUCACUUAGGAGAGCCAUUAGAAAAAUAUUUUGUGGACUACCAAAAGGUAAAAAUUGUGAGAGCUACAAGUAGGGAAGGUCUUGUAAGAGCUCGACUUAGAGGAUACCGAGUUGCAACAGGAGCUGUGCUGGUGUUCUUAGAUUCACACAUUGAAUGCACUGAAGGCUGGAUUGAACCUAUGUUGGAUAGAAUAAGCAGAAACUGGACGACUGUUGUUACUCCUUGUAUAGAUGUUAUUGAUGAUGACACUUUUGGCUUCCGGUUCCAAGGUGCUAAAGAUAUGUUUGCCGGGGGAUUUGAUUGGAAAAUGGUUUUCAUUUGGCAUUCUUUACCGGAAAAUGAACAGAAAAGAAGAAAUUACGAAGAUCAUUUGCCGUACAGGUCUCCAACAAUGGCUGGUGGAUUAUUUGCGAUCAGUCGUGCAUACUUUACUUACAUUGGAACAUAUGAUGACGGAAUGGACAUAUGGGGAGGUGAAAAUCUAGAAAUAUCAUUUAGGAUAUGGAUGUGUGGUGGUACGUUAGAAACAACACCAUGUUCUCAUGUCGGACAUAUAUUCAGGAAACGAUCCCCUUACAAAUGGAGAAAAAAUGUUGAUGUAGUACGGAGAAAUAAUAUCCGUUUAUGUGAAGUGUGGCUUGAUGAGUAUAAACAGUACUAUUACGACAAAAUAGGCAUACAAACGCUACCGGAAUACGGUAACAUAACCUCAAGAAUUGAACUACGAAAGAAAUUGAAAUGCAAAAGUUUUGAAUGGUUCCUGAAAAAUGUUUAUCCUGAAAUGUGGGUACCAGGUGAAUCAUUGGCAUAUGGACAGAUAGCAGCCAAAACCCAACCAUACUGCCUUAUGGGUGAUUGUGGAUACGGACAAACAGGGAAGCCCAUCUCACUGGUCAACUGUUCAUCAGGACAUAAUAAAGUAAUGUAUUUGACAAUGGCAAAAGAAAUAAAACGAGACAAUGGAUGUGUUGAUUACAGCGGGAAACCUGGAAUACAGAUGGAAUCAUGCCAUCAGAGGCGGGGAAACCAGGAAUGGGAAUAUCGAGAGGAUAAUACGUUGUAUCAUGUGUUUUCACAGAAGUGCCUUGAAAUAUCACAAGAUGGACAAACACUGUUUAUGAACACAUGUUUAGGCACUGAUUACCAAAUUUGGCUUUGGAACAGAAAUGGACCACCAGGACCAACGAGAAACUGGAAUUCGUUAGAUUGAAUAUCUUUAAAAACAUA